UAAUUUGACAUUCAACAUUUAGCAGUUGGGUAUUGUAUUGUUUUGCAUCAUGUGUAUAGUGUUUCGCCGCCAAAAUUUUGUUUAAGAUGUUGUCUUCUUUACUGUUUGUCAUGUCUUGAUAAUGUAACUGUAUUACCCGAUUAUUAACUUUUAAACCGCUUUAAAUAUGUCGUCAAGCCCAAAUUCUUUGCUUCUUCAACGGACUAUCGACUUAAAUUUAACAAAUAAGAAACGUUCGCAAUCAUUGAAAUGGAUCAUCGUUAAUGCAGUAUUUUUGCUCGUGUUUGUGUAUGACUUGUCAUGUAAGUGUCCCGGCUACACGUCCAUACUUCACUAUGUGGAGCUGCUGUGUGCUGGGGUGUUGGCCGCUAACCUCAUACAGUACACUUUGAGCCUCGCGCCCUCCCGAGAACCGAAACUGCCGCUGUCUCCUCAGCAACAGAAACUUUUAGGAUUGUCCUCGGCCGACUUGGAUUCGUCUUUUAUACUGACGAAAUCGAACGUUUCCGGGGCCGUGUCGGCUGAGAGCUCCUGUUCGGGCGAGCCGUGGGUAGGCUCGGACGCGGACUUGUCUCUGUCCCCCCGCGUUUGGCGCUCCGCCCCGCCGUCUCCUCCCUCGCCUCCCGUUCCAGCACCCUGCACACCGCCGUCGCCAGUCCACCGCGACUCCACACACGACCAGUUCAUAGCUGACAGAGAGUCUCUGGCUAACUACCUGAGACGGUGUGACGAGCGCAGCGCUGCAGCCGCUGCAGAGGUGUCACCGACGGCUCCCCGUGGCGCUCCGCCCCCCUACCAGCUGUCCGCCGUCGACAGCGGCGUCAAGCUGGAGGAGGGCUCACCGCAGGGGUCGCCGCAGCCGUGGUGGCGCCUCGACCUGGACCCGCAGCGCUUGACGCAGUGGAACCUCAACCUGCGACUGUGGAUUCAAGUAACUAUCCUGGAGCCGGUGGUGCGCGAGCUGGCGGCGGCGGACGAGGCCCUAUCCCGCGCCGCGCUGCUGGAGACGGGCGCUCUGCUGGAGGGUCGCUCUCCGCCCGGCCGUCUGCGGGCGCUGGCUGCUCUGCGUCCUCCUCCCCACCCGCCGCUCGCCGCCUUGCUGCCCUUCCUGGAACCGUUCGCCGAUCUGCGCUACGUCGUCCGCAGACUCCGAGAGUUGGCGAAGGGCGGGUGUCUCAGCGAGUACAAGUGGAACGCGGGCGGGUCCGAGUGGGAGCCGUCGAAACCGACGGACGCGGAGCUGGUGCUGCACUUAUUCGCGACGUACCUGGACGGUCAGCUGGCGGGCGGCGGCGGCGCGCGACCUUUCAGCGCCGAGCACGUGUUGGAGCGGAGCGCCGUGCGGCGGCCCGGGCGGCCCGGGGUGCCGGCCGUGGUACGGGUGUCGGCCCGGCCGCCGCACUAUGCCCUGGCACUCGGCUCAGAGACGCUGGAGGUGGGCCGCGGACGAAACAAUUUGCUGCACGCGCUGCUGCUGCUGCUUGCGGCCGCCGCGCGCCUCGACCCGCCCGCGCUCGGCCGCACCUCGCUCGGACGAGCCGGACUCAACAUGCUCUGGAUCAUCGGACGAGAUCGCUGACUCCUCAAUAAAUCUUUUCCUGUCA